CGUGGUAUAUUCUGGGCAGAAGGGGACACAUAAAAGACACAGAAAGGCCCUGACGCCCGCCUUUACCCUCGCAGCGAUCAAGGAUUUGUUACCUGUAUUCCAUGGCUCUGCCCACAAGGUUAAAGUAGCUUGGGACAAUAUCCUGGCCACUCAGUCUCCCGGUAGUGACUCGGCUAUGGUCGAUGUACAAGUCUGGAUGAAUCGACUAACCCUUGACACGUUUGGCAUCGCAGGCUUCGGGCACGACUUCGGAACGCUGCGUGGGCAGCACUGCAUGGUAGCCGAAACUGUUGAAGCGCUCAGUGGGCUGAAGGCCGACCUGGCCGGCUGUCUCCAAUUUGUCCUAGGUCUGGUGUUCCCAUGGGCACUCAAGGUUCCAUCUGCCUUCCAGCGCAUCAGCAAGCAACUGGACGUCGCUCUGAGCGAGAUCGUCAACGAAAUAAUCGCAGAGACGCGUGGGAAGGGUCAGCCGGAACGCAAGAGUACAAGACGAUCCGUUAUGGACUUGCUACUUCAGGCGGAAAAGAGCGAUUCUCGAUCGCAAAUGUCUACGGAAGAAAUCUUAUCGCAGAUGAAGGUUCUUCUGCUGACCGGCUACAUUACCACAUCAAACUGUUUGAUGUGGAGCCUCGUCGAGCUUUGCAAGAAGCCAGACUUGCAGGAGAAGCUGCGAGCAGAAGUCUCGCAGUUUCCUUGCGGUGACCCCUCAUGGGAAGAGCUCAUUGACGGCUUGCCCUACCUCGAUGCUGUCAUUCACGAGACACUGCGCCUUCAUCCGCCGUUAGGUGAUUUAACCCGGGUAGCGGUCGAGUACGACGCCAUCCCCCUUUCCCAUCCGAUAGAGACAAAGACAGGUGCAACAGUCGAUCGAAUAUUCAUUUCAAAGGGCCAGCUCGUGAAUGUGCCCAUUCACGCCAUGAAUACCUCGCCGAAAUACUGGGGCUCUGACGCCAAAGACUUCUAUCCAGAGCGCUUCCUGACGGAGGAGCGCGUCCCGAAGGGGAUUCAAGGACACAAGCAUAUGUUGACAUUCGCGAGCGGCCCGCGUAUGUGUCCCGGAAGGUACUAUGCGCUAGCCAAAGCAAAGGCCGUGUUGUACCUGCUCUUGCGGAGCUACGCUUUCGCCUUCGCAGACGUACCAGAUGGCGAGAUUGGCAUCAACGGGUGGUUGUUGUCGGUACCCAUCGUACCAGGCGGGGAUGGACAGAGCGUCCCGCUGAGGGUGCGCCGGCUCGAUUGAUCGUUACCUAGGUGUUAAGCCCGGUUAACGCUAACGCUAAGUAUACAUUCUCUCGUGACAGAGUAGACUGGGUAAUGAGCUGUGAAUCGUAUAACAUUGUUGACACACUUUCU